AUGGCAGGAUCCAAGAUCAUGUUUGUCAAUGUAGAUGUCAUUAAGAUUGACAAGGUAUUGGAAUCUGUUUUCUGCAAUUUGCAUCAGGACCAGACGCUGUUCUUCAUUCAGAUUUAUGUGAUCCCAGUGGCAUUUCUGCUGGUUUUAGUCAUUGGGCUGACAAUGAACUGCCUGGCUCUGUGGGUUAUGGUCCACCAGACCAAGCCCUGGAACCGCAGCACCCUGUUCCUCUGCAACCUGACAGUGGCUGACAUCACGUGGAUGCUAACCCUCCCUUUCCUCAUUCACUACCACUUUGCCAGGCUGCAGUGGGUUUUUGGAGAUAUUGUUUGCAAGAUAGUGAGGUGUGCAUAUCACGCAUGCUUCUACUCCAGUAUUUACUUUGUAACUUGCAUCAGCCUGGACCGCUACUUGGCUAUUGUGCACCCUUUGCAGUCAUUCUUCUUGCUAAGCAGGCAACAGUCCUUGUAUGUGUGCGUGGGGAUCUGGGUGCUGACAUGUAUAGUCAGCAUUCCCUCUGCCCUCAUUACCUUCAUCGUCCCUUGCUCCCAAAACCAAACUGUUUGCACCUUCUACAUCUUCUCCUACAACACCGACAAGACGUUGCCCUACACGACUAUCAGCACAGUGACUGGCUUCAUCCUGCCCUUCGUGGCCAUCUGCUACUGUUAUUGGAACUGCACCAAAGAGCUCAAAAAGCACUGCAGCCAAAAGAAGAAGCUCUUCAGGUUGAUGUAUUCGGUCCUGAUCAUUUUUGGCCUCAUCUACCUGCCCUACCAUCUUCUGAGGAAUGCCUGCAUUGUGCUGAGAGCCUUCUGGAGCAACCACACCUGGCUGGCCUACAGCUUGGACGUGGGUUUCUCAGUGGAGAUGGCCAUCUGCAGCUUUAACACCUGUGUCAACCCUUUCUUUUAUUUUAUAACAAGCGGAAAUGGCAAGAAUUCUCUAAGAAAGACCUUUUCCAAUUGUUGCAGGGAGACCAAACAGCAGGUUAGGUUCAAGGUGGCUGCUGUCCAUCCAGUCUAG